AUGGCCACCGACAAUAACAAUACCACCAAUACCGCCCCAGCGAAGACUGACGUGUCGGACAUUCUGCCCACCAACGACCCCAAGCAAGCCAACGAGGCGUUUGCCGCCAACGGUAUCCCCUCCGUCGAGCAGCAACAGCUGGCGCUCGACACCGUGCGCAAGCUCUUGAACGACGCCGGCGUCGACCCUCGUUUCGACGAGUACGUCACCGCCACCUUCAGCUACAUCGCGGGGGCUCUCUACAAGAUGUCUACCGCCACCGACAAGGAGGCGGCGCUGAAGGAGAUUGCUGAAGACUUGAAACAAAAGUGGGAGACCUGGGUCAAGGAAAGAGAAGCUAAGGAAGCCCAGAAGAAGGCCGACGAGGAAAACGCCGCCGCCGCCGGCGACAAGCUGGAUAAGCCCGCCGUCACCGACACCACCACCCCUGCCAAAUAG